GGCUGAAAUAUUAAAUUUGAUAGGUACAUACACUUGUAAAGUUACAACUUGUAGAGUUGCUCAUAUUUUACUAUUUUACUAAUUAAUAAUUUACGCAUGAUGUUGAAUGUAUAGAGAAUAGAAGCUGAGUUCCUACUGGCCACGACUCGGAGCUAUGUUCACUCCUCUAAGAUCAAUAAACAAAAACAAUUCUUUAUAGAUUUUUGAUCUCCACCACCAAUUUGUUCGAUGAACCGUCGGCUUAAGAAUGCCCUGUGCGCCGCGUCCGCGGGAGUCUGUGGGUCAUCAGCCGGCUUGUUCGGCAAGAUUGGAAUGAGUGUCAACGAGUUCUUCGGCUUGAACAAUCAGGCUCUGUAUGCGAAUUUGGCCAGAUUUGUCAUGUUGGCAAUGGUCGUGCUAGCCAACGUCGGUGUUUGGCUAAUGUAUACCAGAUCCCUGAGAUUCGGUUCCACGUUGGUAUCCACUGGCAUCAGCAUAGCGUCCAAUUACAUUUUUACCGCUCUAACUGGUGUAUUAUUGUUUGCUGAGAGCUGUUCAAUUCUGUGGGCGUGCGGCACACUUUCUGUCAUGAUUGGAGUUAUACUAAUGUCGAUUUGAGUGUUUUAUAAAUAAAAGUAUUAACUGAUCUCAUGUA